UUUUAAACUUUUAUUUACUCUCCGCCUCGCAACAACACCCACACUCAGCAGCUGCACGAUAACACUAUCAGCAAGGGAAUACAAGCGGAUUUAUUACAACACCACACUACACAACUCGAUGAGGCAGCAGGAGGCGCAACAGCUGUUCGUGUGCUGCUGUGGUCCGAGGCGUGCAAUUGCAUGAAUGAAUUCGCUUCUAAGGGAAAAUCAAAACAAUAGAAGCCAACCCAGGGCCAGCAACAAACCAACACCCGAUGCAACGCAACGAUGACGAGGAGCGCCUCAUUGAGAGCGCGGAUCAGGACGAUGAGCAGAUUCUUGGUGGCGAGGAGGGAAGUUUCGUUCCCGCCUUUCGACCCCAUGGUCCGGAUUACGACAUGGAGGACGAACGCUGCCUGCUGGAGCGACCGGAGGACGAAGUGGUCCUUGUGUCCAAUGCGCCCGAAACGGGAAAGCUCUACACCUACGUGGUGUUCUACCUGCUUGGCAUUGGCACGAUGACCGCUUGGAACUUUUUUGUGACGGCGGAAGAUUAUUGGAAGUACAAAUUCCGCAAUACCACGCUCAAUGGCACUGAUCCGGAUGAGGAACUCACGCCGCUGCAGAAGAGCUUCACCUGUGAUUUGGCCCUCACGGCCACCAUCGCUGGCACGACCUUCCUGCUGCUCAAUGCCAUCUAUGGCAAUCGGAUAUCGCUGAGGGUCAAAAUGCUGGGCACGCUGUGGUGCAUUCUCGUGCUGUUUGGCGUCACGACGGGCUUUGUGGAGGUCAACACGGAUGCCUGGCAGGAGCAGUUCUUUCUGAUUACACUGAUCAUCGUGGUUCUGCUGAAUUCCGCUGCAGCCACCAUGUCGGGCGCUCUGUACGGCAUUGCCGGCCUGUUUCCCUCAGAGUUCAUCACUGCCGUCGUCAGUGGACAGGCCUUGGGUGGCAUUCUCACUGCUCUGGCCUUCAUCCUGGUGCUGGCUUUUGACACGGGCCCCAACACAACGGCCUUCAUCUUCUUCAUUGUGGGUGGAGUGGUCAUCCUGCUCUGCAUUGUCUGUUACAUGAUUCUGGUGCGAAAGCCGUUCUUCAAGUAUUAUCUGGAAGGCGGCGACAAGUACAAGGUGAUAAGUGCCAUACCCUCGCACAGCCGCCAUGAGGAGACGGAGGGCGUGACACUUGAGCCGAUUAUGCGGAAAGUUAUGACUAAAAUAUAUCUGCACGCCGUAUGCCUAGCACUGCUCUACACGACCACGUUGUCCGUCUAUCCAGCGGUGACGGUGCUGAUGCAGUCCGAGCACUCGGCCAGCCACACCGAAUGGACGGAUGUCUACUACCUGCCGGUGGUCAACUAUUUGAUCUUCAACUGCGGCGACUACUUUGGAAGGCUCCUCGCUGGCUGGCUGGAGCGUCCCAUCAAUCAGAACACCUCCCUGCUGCUGAUUGUGGUGCGAAUGAUCUUUGUUCCGUUCUUCUUGUUCUCCAACACAAGCGUGCACAUCUUUAUGCCUACUCUGGUGGAGCACGAUUACACAUUCAUCGCAAUGAUGUGCGUGUUUGCCCUGUCCAAUGGAUAUUUGACCAAUAUCCUGCUCAUCAUGGCGCCCAGAAGCGUCAAGCAGCACGAGAAAGAGUUGGCCUCCUCGAUUAUGGCUGCGGCUCUGAGUGUUGGCAUGGCGGUGGGCUCCCUGCUGAGUCUCUGUUUCGUGCAGAUGUUGUGACCUGUUGGACCCACGAUGUACGAGCAAAUGUUGUUGCCAAUGGUGCCUUAGCUAAUUCUAUUCAUAAGUUGUAUGCUUUUAUGUUACCUGAUCUUUUUCUCUUCGUUAUUGUUAAGCAUUUAGGUCAAGACAUGGUCCUGUCCCGCGUCGAUUUCGAAUCGUUUUUGUGAUCGUCUUAGUAGCUCCCAAAUUCGCCAUUUAUCUGAGAGAUUCUUUUAUAUCACAUGUACACAUAACAUUUAGCUUGUAAGUUUUAAUUUUAUGCAUAACGAGACCUAGAAAUAAAACUUU